GUAAAAAGCAGAAAGUUCAGACCAGAGGGUGAGACUUCUUACUUAAGGGACGGCAAUAGAUAAUACCCAUACUGCAUUAAGCCGAACUCGACUUUCAUUUUUUGAAGAUCCUACUUUUAUUUUCUUUGAGAUUAAUAUUCACGAAUGCCGACAACAGCGUGUGUAUUUCCCAACAUCUCGGCAGAAAACUGCAGAUUUCUUUUAUCAAACCCUUGCGAGAAAACCACCAAAUUUACACCGCUGGACGAUCUGGCCAUACAAGAGGGCUCCUCUAGUCUACCAAGUCCCUCCUUGUGUGAAUCAACAUUAGUGACAAUGGGGAGCAAGACCUUGCCAGCACCUGUUCCAAUACAUCCAUCUUUACAGCUGGCAAACUACUCUCUCUUGCAAGCCUCCAGUGGGUUUCAGCUACCAUCAGAUCACUUGCCAAGUGUAUAUGGCUUUAGUGCCCUUCAUGCUGUUCAUCUUCACCAGUGGACCUUAGGAUAUCCUCCAGUAGCUUUACCCCGUUCCAGCUUUUCCAAAAUACCUGCACUCAUUGAUGGCAGAUUUCAGUUACCUGCCAUUCCAGUUUUCCCGCACAUCCUUCCUCCAAAGCAUGACCUUACCAGUCUACCAGCUAAAGCUAAGCCGAGAUUUGACUUUGCUAAUCUUGCAGUAGCAGCCACUCAAGAAGACCAUUUGAAAGCAGAGGAUCUGAGCACUCCACCUUCCAUCAGUGCUCUGUUGGACGCCACCAAAUUGUCACCAGAAAGAAAGCCAAGCAGAGGAAGGUUGCCCUCAAAAACCAAGAAGGAGUUUGUAUGCAAAUUCUGUGGAAGACACUUUACCAAGUCCUAUAAUCUUUUAAUUCACGAACGAACCCAUACAGAUGAGAGGCCCUACACGUGUGAUAUUUGUCAUAAAGCUUUUAGGAGGCAAGACCAUCUCAGAGAUCACAGGUAUAUUCAUUCAAAGGAAAAACCUUUCAAGUGUCAAGAAUGUGGAAAAGGAUUUUGUCAGUCGAGGACAUUGGCUGUCCACAAGACACUGCACAUGCAAGUCAAGGAGCUGAAGCCUUCAAAGAUAAAGUGUUAGGACAGUUUCUGUUAACUGUGAAAAUAAGACUAUGAGGUGUGCACUGGAACAAAAAAUAACUUUGUGCAACUGCACCGAUAAAAGUCCAGAGUCUUUGCAUUACGGUGCAAGAAGAACAUAUCUGCCACAGUCUUAAUUCAGAUGUGCAAGAAAGCCUCCCAUAAUACAGCCGUUAAAGUGCAGAAAAGUGAUUACGAACGACGCAGAAAAGCAAUCAUUUAUCUCUGGACUUAUGAGUAACGCAAUGGCAAAUCCUGGACUUAUGCUUGAGAGCCUGGAUAAAAAGAUUGCUGGUGCCUAAGAUAAAGGUUAUUUUAAAACCUUAUAACUUCAUUUAACAGAGAUGGAAAAUAUAUGAACCGUAUCGGUCUGGAGUACUGGGCUGCAGCUGUAUGCAGUCAUCAGAAUACAUGCCUGGAAUGCAGUAUUUUUUCCUCUGGUCCUUCCAUGCGCUGUGGAAAUAAGCUUAACUUAUCCAAUUCUGUAAUUCUCUGACAACAAAGCCAUUUGUGGCUGAAAAUGCUAUACAUCUCAACUUUAAAGAAUUGUUAAAACAUUUGGUAGCCAAAAUAAUAUGUCUAUGAGUUACAUUCCAAUGUGUGUAUUUUUGUACAGUUUUUAAUGACUAUAUUUUGGCACUUUAUGCUGGUUAUUAAAUAUUUACUUAUAUCACUGGAUCUUUUAAAAUAAAUUUUUAAAUAAACA